UUAUCUAGUGAGACAACAGAUUAAAGUAAAAGUCGCUGCUAUAAAAUGGACCUACCAGUUUUGAAUCGGCUAAUAAAGUAUCGAAUACGAGACACAGAAUGGCAAGAACAAUCCUGUUUAUCGCUGUGCUUACAUUUGCUAUCAACUGCAAAAUUAUCAACGCCAUAGCAUUGCACUGCAGAUUCGAGACGGUGCAAGACAUCUAUAUUUGUUCAGCGACGACUUUAAUUGAAACACAAACCAACCAAGAUGUAACCGGAGUCUUCGGAGCACAUCAAUCUGGAAAGGGGAACGCAGAUGUUCACGCUUUGACUGUCUUUUCGCAGAACUUACAAUUCUUUCCGACAAAUAUUGAAGGAUUUUUCCCCAACCUUGAAUUCAUUAAUUUCUACAACAAUUCUAUUCCAUCAGUCAGCAACAGAAAUUUAACUCCAUUUCCGAAUCUGUGGUAUCUAGGUCUGACUAAAAACAGAAUUUCCGCACUUGAUAGAAAUCUGUUUUCUGGUUUAAAUACAUUGCGGGAAGUAUUUUUGAACGAUAAUGACAUCAUUUCGAUCGACAGCAAUCUCUUAGCCGGUUUAAAUGCAGCAACCUUGAUCGACUUAUCGAACAACAGAAUCAGGCAUGUCGGACACGAUUUAAUUUUGCCGGAAAAGGGGGUCAUACGCCUAUUGAACAACAGUUGUGUUAAUACUUCCAUUCCUGUUGAUAAUGUUGAAGCAGUUAAAGAUUUCAUAUUCGAUUUGCUGCUAAAUUGUCCGCCAACAAUAUCGCUGAUCGAAUCAACUCUAGAGAGUCGACCCAAUUUCAUCCAAGAUUUGAUGGAUCGAAUUGCAGUUCUGGAAAGAAUAAUCGAAAGUGAUGCACUUAAGGCAAAUGGAUAAGCAAGCCAAACACAGUGAU